AACUGUUAAUCCUAGAUCAUAAAACCGGCAAUUCGCAAAGGAGUUUCCAAGGCCAACUGUAAUUCUAGCUUAACAUAUUUCACGUAGAUAGCCGCAAAACCUUUGCAGCUGCGCAAGAUUUGCUUACCUGUUCUUACCUGCUGCGGAAGAAAAAAGAUCCGAACAUUGAUGGCUCAUUUUCAUAAUUUUGGAAAUAAAAAUGGCAACGCCGAAGGAAUUUACAUGCCAGUUCAUGACAGUGCAGAGACGUGGCCAGAACAAGCUCGCGCAGCACCUUACACGAAUCCCAGCCAGAAUAUUCAACCAAACAAUUUGUUGCCAGUUGUGCCGUUCACGCAUUCACCAUACUCGUAUCCGUAUCAACAGUUUUUAAGUCACUUUGCUCCGAACCUGGUGCCCUACUACUACUCAUUACUGACUCCAACGCCCAUCGAUUACUUCGGCUACCAGCAGAGAGCUGUCCCUACAGAGAUGGACAUUGACAAAUACAUUAACUCUGAACUGAGCAAGCAGCAGAGCUUGCUGCGUAAACAGAAUGUGAGACCGCGCCCGCUUAGCCAGCUGCAGCUGCCCAGCAAUCGACAGUUGGUGGCGGUCAAAAAAGAGGCACAGGAACGGCGCGUCAUUAAUGUCCAAGUGGUGGCAAUGUCCGGCAGCACUCGGGAUCGCACACCAGACGUGGAACCAUUGCCGCCUGUUGAAGCCUCGUUCAAGGAGCGUGUGGCCAAAAUAAACAAAAGCCAGCAGCACUACACACAGCUGUUUGACCGGUUGACCAGCAUGCUGCAAACGCUGAAUCGACGCUACGAUGGCAACGAAAUGGAACCAGAGCCAGAGGCCGAGCUUGAAGAGGCACCACCGCCGCCCUUGAAGCGCGCACGUCACGAUAUGUCGAGCAGUUCCAGUGAAUCGCAUCUGGAUCCCGAGAAUUCCUCAUCCCUUUCGAUUUAUCCGCAACGUAUACAGCUGGAGGAUGGCAGCUCCGAGUACGUGCUUGGGCCCCAUGGCACGCGCAUCAAUGCCAAAGACUACGGUCAAGUGUUCUGGACAAGUGCGCCAGUUGCGACGCGUUGCCUCCUAGCAGCCGUCUUUAGCAGCGAUGAGCUGGCCACGCAUACGCUGACGGGCAAGCCGUCUCCAGCGUUUUAUGGACGCGAGCGCCCGGCCAAAAAGAUGCUAGAUCAGAACAGGGUUGACGACAUUGUUGUGAGUGUGCGCAAUCGCACCGGCGGCAAGGAGCGUCACAUAAGAGCCACCAUAACCACAAAGUGCGCCGAUACGGCAAAGAAGUACAAGCGACGCGCCAAGAAGGCGCUCAAAGAUGAUGUCGUUGUCAUAGACGAAUGAGUCCAUAAAAUCUUGACCAUAGGCUGUUUAGCUGGAUAUGAUCUGGCUAUAGACAUAGUAUAUAUAAGAAUUAGAUGUAGACUUCCUUUUGCAAAUAAAGAUGCUCAACAAAAA